AUGACUGCAGAAAGCACCCAAAGAGUGGGAAACCAUUCCAGCACUCAAAUUGAAGGCCCUAUAGAACUAUUGCCGAUUACCUCGACACACUCCAAUUCCCCUACAGUCCAAGAGUUCGAAGAAGACGAAAAAGGCCACGAUACAAAUGUUCAAAGCACGACAGAAGAGCCAAUUGGGAAGGGAAAUCAUUUGAAACGCUUUGUCGAUCUCAUUUUAUGGACACCGCCACGAUGUCGAUGGGAUGUAGAGAACCCGAGCAAAUUCGGCUUACCUUUGAACCUUCUGUUCGCAUUUUCGGGCACUUUCACGGUUGCCAAUCUAUACUAUUCACAUCCCAUUCUUGAUGUUCUUGCUCAAUUCUUCAACGUCUCACAUGAGCGAGUCUCAUUGAUCCCGACCUGCAGCCAGGCUGGGUAUGCGACGGGAUUAAUCCUUCUUUGUCCUCUUGGGGACUUAGUUCGGAGAAGACACUUCGUUUUGCUGUUGACGCUGAUUACUGCGGUAUUAUGGAUUGGUAUCUGUGUCACCGAUUCAUUCGAAACAUUCCUUGUUCUAAGUUAUCUGUCUUCAGUCACAACUGUUACUCCACAAAUCAUGCUCCCUCUCGUCGGAGAUCUCGCUCCCCCAGCUCGCCGCGCAACAGCCCUAUCAAUUGUAUCUUCAGGACUCAUGCUAGGCCUCCUAUUUGCCCGUCUACUGUCCGGUAUAGUCGCCGAAUACUCGCACUGGCGAAAUAUCUAUUGGCUAUCCCUAGCCCUCCAAUUCCUCAUUUUCACCCUUCUAUGGUUAUUCAUGCCGGACUACCCAUCAACAAACACCAACAUCUCCUACUUCAAGAUCCUAUAUUCCAUCAUCGGAUACUUCUGGACAUCCCCGGAGCUUGUCCAGGCUACUCUCAUGGGACUCUUCCUCUCAGCCACAUUCACCAGUUUCUGGACAACACUCACCUUCCUCCUAUCCGGGGCCCCAUACAACUACCCAACCCUGACAAUCGGUCUAUUCUCUCUGGCGGGUCUUACCCCCAUGUUCCUAGGCCCUCCUUACUCACGCUACAUGAUCGACAAAUUCGUACCGCAGUUCUCUGUUCUCGUUAGUCUCGGCAUCCUCAUCGUCGGCGUCAGCAUCGGUACCUAUACAGGCACGUUUACUGUUGCGGGCCCGAUUAUUCAAGCUGCGUUGCAGGAUUUUGGUCUUCAAAUGACGCAAAUUGCCAAUCGCGUUUCGAUUUACGCUGUUGCCCCCAAGGCGCGGAAUCGCAUUAACACGGGAUACAUGAUGGGCGUGUUCUGUGGUCAGCUCAUGGGUACGUCUGUUGGGAAUCGUCUCUACAGUGAAGGCGGGUGGAUUUUGUCGGGAAGUGUCAAUCUGGGGUUUAUUGGGGCGGCGCUGAUUAUUUGUCUUCUUCGUGGUCCGGCUGAGAAGGGAUGGAUUGGAUGGCAUGGUGGUAUUCGCAUCCGGCGAACAGAGUGA